AUGAGUGUCCCGCAGAGUAGGGGAAAGGACGGGAAGCUGCAGGCGUGGGAGAGCGGUGAACGGGUAACGCUGCUCGAGCCUCGAGGGUUUGGAUCCGAAAAACGCGUGUGGGACAUGCUCGUGGUCCGUGCUACCUAUCUAAGUCAAGAGGAUGAAGUGGUCAAGGGAGAGAGUCUUAAGAAUGAGCAAGUCGUGGUAGACAUUUGUUUCAAGAAAGACUAUACAUUUGGAGACGGAGAAUAUCUAGAGAUAGAUUCAGAUGAGGAUGACAUGGAAUCAGCGAGAAGGUGUCAAAAAGAUGAAAAGUGUCGUCAGCAGCAUGCCGUUACGCAGUUUCAAAGCAGGAGCAUGGCCUGA